AUGACGCUCGGCCAUCGACGCGGCGCGUCCCUCGUGACCCAUGCGCGUCGACUGAGCAGUCUCCGAGACCAGGCGCUGCGCGUCAUGGGCGACCAGAUCCGCGCAAGCCUCGAGACGAGCGCCACCUUGUGGCUCAAUGCGUCGGCUGUCAACAAACCCACGGUCUCGAUCCUCGACCCAGCUCCAGGCUACGCGCUCGCGGUGGACGAGAGGCCCGACGGGCAGCAGCAGCUCAGUCUGGACUUUGACACACCUGUGCGUGGUGCCAAUGUGCGGCUUGCGUACCUGGGGACGGACCCGAGGAGUCUGGCAGACCCCUUUACGCUCGUGGAGCAAGAUAUGGUGGGCGUCACGGACAGUAUCAAGCGCAUUCUUGGCUCGGAUCACCCCGUGUUGGCUGCGGUUGCCCGCUACUUUUUUGAGCACGACGGGGGCAAGAAGGUGCGCCCGACCAUGGUGCUGCUGAUGGCACGAGCUGCCGAGGCCCAUCGUCGAGCUGUUGGCACACCUCUACCAGAGACGCAGUCGGAGGAAUACACGCUUGCAGCUCAGCAACGACUCGCUGAGAUCACUGAAAUGAUCCACACGUCUAGUCUGAUGCACGACGACGUUAUUGACGAAGCUGACACACGUCGUGGUCGUCCAUCUGUCAACAAGGUGUUUGGCGGUAAGAUGGCCGUAUUGGCUGGCGACUUUCUGCUCGCACGUUCGUCAGUACUGUUGGCUCGUUUGCGCAAUUUGGAAGCCGUUGAACUGAUGUCCACAUCGAUUGAGCAUCUGGUGAAGGGCGAGAUCAUGCAGAUGAAGAAUGCCGACGCUCGCGAUGACAUUACUCCGUUUGAGUACUACUUGCGCAAGAACUACUACAAGACAGGGUCGCUCAUGGCCAACAGCUGCAAGGCCGCACUCGUGCUCGGUAAGCACGACCAGCCCAUCUGCAAUCUGGGUUUUGCAUUUGGUCGCCACAUUGGUCUUGCCUUUCAGUUAAUCGACGAUGUGUUGGACUACGAAGGCGUUAACACGGGCAAGCCGUUGCUGGCUGAUCUUAAAUCUGGCCUGUCAACGGCUCCACUGCUGCUAGCACAGGAGGAGUAUCCAGUUCUCCGUGAGCUAUCGAAGCGAAAAUUUGCGAAGGAGGGCGACAUCGAGAUGGCGAGCGAGCUGGUGACGAAGAGUACAGGCAUCGUACGAUCUAAAGCUCUGGCCAUCGGCCAAGCGGAGUUAGCAGCCCAAGCAGCCAUGCAAUUUGCUCCUUCAUCCGAGCGGGAUGCCAUGGUACGACUGGCGCAGCUGGUCGUAGAUCGAUCUAAAUAG